AUGGCCGAUGAAACCCCACAACUAGCUCCACCACAGAUCACCCAUAAGCCGCCAUUCACGGCGGAAGAGACUGAAAUACCGCCGCAGCCGCAGCAAGAACUAGAAUCAGCUUCCGUGACAGAAAAUGAUCAACCACUGGCGUCGGUGGAAAUGCCACCUACUGAGCCACUACUUCCAGUUGAAGAACAGCUGAAAGAAGCCGUUACUGUAGAAAAAGAGACCCCACUAACACCUCCACUGCCUGAACAAUCACUCACGGCGGAGCAUGUCUCUGUCACCACCGCCGCCGCGCCCACUCCACCAAUUUCACAGCCUCUAGAUUCAGUACUAGCAGCUCCACAAAAAAUUGAGUCACCCGAACCCCCAAAAGAAGAAGCCAUAGAAUCCGAAAAAUCAAAGAAAAAAGCCCCAGAAUCAAUAGUUUCUUUUAAAGUAGAGAGUAACAAAUUAUCAGAUCUGUCAGAUUCAGAACGAAGAGCAUUAGAAGAAUUCAAAAACCUAGUCCAGGAAGCUCUCAAUAACCGGCUUUUCUCAUCUGCAUCCCCCUCAGAAACCUCAAAUUCACCCGAAGAAGUAUCUAUAUGGGGCAAGCCAUUGUUGAAAGACGAUUGCAGCAAUGUGAUUUUACUGAAAUUUCUACGAGCCCGCGAUUUUAAGGUCAAGGAAUCUUUGGCCAUGUUAAAGGACACCAUACAAUGGCGAAGAAUAUUCAAUGUAGAUGAGUUGAUUAAGGAGGACUUAGGGGAUGAUUUAGAGAUGGUUGUGUUCAUGCGCGGGCAAGAUAAGGAGGGACAUCCUGUUUGUUAUAAUGUCUAUGGGGAAUUUCAGAACAAGGAGUUGUAUGCAAAGACAUUUGCAGAUGAGCAGAAGAGAUCGGAAUUUCUAAGGUGGAGGAUACAAUUUCUUGAAAGGAGUAUAAGGAAACUGGAUUUUAGUCCGGGCGGUAUUAAUACUAUAUUUCAAGUUAGUGAUCUCAAGAAUUCUCCCGGGCCUGGUAAAAGGGAGCUUCGGAUUGCCACUAAACAGGCAUUGCAAAUCCUUCAGGAUAAUUAUCCUGAAUUCGUGGCAAAGCAGGUGUUCAUCAAUGUUCCUUGGUGGUAUUUGGCUUUCUAUAGAAUGAUCAGUCCUUUCUUGACGCAACGGACAAAAAGCAAGUUUGUUUUUGCUGGGCCGUCAAAGACUGCAGAAACUCUUUUGAAGUAUAUAUCUCCUGAGUUACUGCCAAUUCAAUAUGGCGGCCUUUGUGUAGAUUUCUGUGAAUGCAAUCCGAUGUUCACCGUUGAUGAUCCAGUUACAGAGAUUACUGUAAAACCUGCGACCAAGCAAACUGUGGAAAUUAUAGUGAACGAGAAAUGUACUAUUGUUUGGGAGCUUCGGGUAGUGAGCUGGGAAGUCAGCUACGGUGCUGAAUUUGUCCCUAAUGAACGUGGCUAUGCAGUAAUCAUACAGAAGACAAAGAAGAUGGCUCCGACUGAUGAACCAGUGGUGUCUAACAGCUUCCAAAUUAGCGAGCUUGGGAAGAUAUUACUCACCAUUGACAACCCGACUGCCAAGAAGAAGAAGUUACUGUACCGAUUCAAGGUUAUGCCCUAUGAAAAUUGA